AUGUCUGACGGCGGCGAUAUCGAGGUCGAGAACGUGGGCUCCUACGAUGUCCUCCCCAAGGACGUCGUCAAGGAGGUCGGCAACGUCAAGCUUUUCAACAAGUGGGAUUACGAUGUUGAGGUCCGGGACAUCUCUCUGACUGACUACAUCUCCCUCCGCAACCCCGUCUAUGUCACCCACUCCGCUGGCCGCUAUGCUGUCAAGCGCUUCCGCAAGGCCAACUGCCCCAUCAUUGAGCGUCUCACCAACUCGCUCAUGAUGCACGGCCGCAACAACGGAAAGAAGCUCAUGGCUGUCCGCAUCGUUGCCCACGCCUUCGAGAUCAUCCACCUGAUGACCGACCAGAACCCCAUCCAGAUCGCCGUCGACGCCAUUGUCAACUGCGGUCCCCGCGAAGACUCUACCCGUAUUGGUUCCGCCGGUACCGUCCGUCGCCAGGCCGUCGAUGUCUCCCCCCUGCGCCGCGUCAACCAGGCCAUCUCCCUCCUCACCACCGGUGCUCGCGAGGCCUCUUUCCGCAACGUCAAGUCCAUCGCCGAGUGCUUGGCUGAGGAGCUGAUCAACGCCGCCAAGGGAAGCAGCAACUCGUACGCCAUCAAGAAGAAGGACGAGCUGGAGCGUGUCGCCAAGUCCAACCGGUAA